GGCAAGAUGGCGGCGGCGGGAGCGGGCCGGCUGCGGCGGGCGGCGUCCGCGCUGCUGCUCCGCAGUCCGCGCCUGCCGACCCGAGAGCUCUCCGCUCCGGCCCGGCUGUAUCACAAGAAGGUUGUGGAUCAUUAUGAAAACCCUAGAAAUGUGGGCUCCCUGGACAAGACAUCUAAAAAUGUCGGCACAGGCUUGGUGGGUGCUCCGGCAUGUGGAGACGUCAUGAAAUUACAGAUUCAAGUGGAUGAAGACGGCAAGAUUGUGGAUGCCAGGUUUAAAACAUUUGGCUGCGGUUCUGCAAUUGCCUCCAGCUCCUUAGCCACAGAAUGGGUGAAAGGGAAGACGGUGGAGGAAGCCUUGACCAUCAAAAACACGGAUAUCGCCAAGGAGCUCUGCCUGCCCCCGGUGAAACUGCACUGCUCCAUGCUGGCAGAAGAUGCAAUCAAAGCUGCCUUGGCUGAUUACAAACUGAAACAGGAAGGCAAAGGAGAGACAGAGAAGUGAGCGAGUGGGGCUCCAGCCAGUCAGGCAGCCACACCCCACCCUGCACACCCACCUAGACGGGCAUUCACCCAGAUGCCCUCGGAAGCAGAGACGCACACAGUAUCUGCCAUUCACAUUGUCACUGAUGCUAGCAAAAUACACUCUCAAUUAUUCUGAAUCCCAUGGUUUCUUUCAGCAUACUCUGAUGGCCUUAAUGUACUUAGUGUAUAUUUUGAAUUCUGUAUAUGGGUUCAGAACUAGAAUCAGUACUGGAGUCAUAAAUUUUGAUAACC